AUUUGGUGACGGUGCUUUUCACCUCUCGAUGCCCGAAAUCGGGUCUAAGCUGAGUUUGAUCAAAUAUGUGACUCCAACAUCGCCCCCUUCGGCAAACCCCGUCGACACGUGUGUCAUCCUUCCAUUGCAAGCGAUCACUCGCAGGGCGUGACGAUGAACGAGAUUUUUGCCCGGACCGAUUCGCGGAUAUAGCGGCAGCCGACCAGCCCUACCACACUGAUGGCCGUGUCACUAGUGUAUGCUCCCAGAACCGCAAGCAUACACUGGGCAAUGCUUGGCCGUCCGCGCUCUGAUAACCACAUAAAAGUCUCUUCAGUCAACAGCUCAAAGCUCCCUCAUCCCUCCAGAAAUCAAAAUGACUAUCAAGGUCGGCAUCAACGGUUUCGGCCGUAUCGGCCGUAUCGUCUUCCGCAACUCCAUCGAGCACUCGGAUGUCGAGAUCGUUGCCGUCAACGACCCCUUCAUUGAGCCCAAGUACGCUGAGUACAUGCUCAAGUAUGACUCGACCCACGGUAUCUUCAACGGCACCAUCGCCGUCGAGGGCAACGACCUCAUUGUCAACGGCAAGAGGGUCAAGUUCUACACUGAGCGGGACCCCGCCAACAUUCCCUGGAGGGAAACUGGUGCCGAGUACAUCGUCGAGUCGACCGGUGUGUUCACCACCACCGAGAAGGCUAGCGCCCACCUCAAGGGCGGCGCCAAGCGCGUCAUCAUCUCUGCUCCCUCGGCCGAUGCCCCCAUGUACGUCAUGGGCGUCAACGAGAAGACCUACGACGGCAAGGCCCAGGUCAUCUCUAACGCCUCGUGCACCACCAACUGCCUGGCUCCCCUCGCCAAGGUCAUCCACGACAAGUUCGGCCUCGUUGAGGGUCUCAUGACCACCGUCCACUCCUACACUGCCACCCAGAAGACCGUCGAUGGUCCCUCUGCCAAGGACUGGCGUGGUGGCCGUGGUGCUGCUCAGAACAUCAUCCCCAGCAGCACUGGCGCCGCCAAGGCCGUCGGCAAGGUCAUCCCUGAGCUCAACGGCAAGCUCACCGGCAUGUCCCUCCGUGUCCCCACCCCCAACGUUUCCGUUGUCGACCUCACCUGCCGCCUCGAGAAGGAGGCUACCUACGACGACAUCAAGGCCGCCAUCAAGGAGGCCGCCGCCGGCCCCCUCAAGGGCAUCCUCGACUACACUGAGGACGACAUCGUCUCGAGCGAUCUGAUUGGCAACCCCGCCUCGUCCAUCUUCGACGCCAAGGCCGGUAUCUCGCUCAACAAGAACUUCGUCAAGCUUGUCAGCUGGUACGACAACGAGUGGGGCUACUCCCGCCGUGUCCUGGACCUCCUCGCCUACGUCGCCAAGGUCGAUGCCGGCAACUAGAUCGGUCGGCCCCCCCCUCCCCGGGCUGUAGUUGGGAGCCGAGAGGCUCUCGUUUCCUAGUACUUGCUUAGUCUUGGAAUGGGAAGCAUACGAUGAGGUAGCCAGAUAACAAAAUUGA